GAAGAGCCGCUGCGGGGGGGGGCUGCCUGUUUCCCCGGAGCCCCCCCUUUGCUCCAGGAGCAGCCCGUCUCUAACGUGAAAUCGGUUUAAAUUAAAUUAUUUCCAUUUACUGGGCCGCGUUUCAAAGACUCCCCCAAAGCCGGAGGGUAGCAAAGCAACAAUGGAGACUUUAGAAGAAGAAAGUUUUGGUGUAUCCAUCUCAUCGCCCUCUGAUGCUGAAUUUGAUGCUAUUGUAGGAUAUUUGGAAGAUAUUGUAAUGGAUGAUGACUUCCAGCUAAUACAAAGAAACUUCAUGGAUAAAUACUACCAAGAGUUUGACGACACAGAGGAGAAUAAACUGGUCUACACGCCUAUCUUUAAUGAAUAUAUCUGCUUAGUUGAAAAAUACAUCGAAGCAAAACUCUUGGACAGGAUUCCUGGUUUCAACAUGUCUGUCUUCACCUUGUCCUUACAGCAGCACAAGGAUGAAAUAGCUGGAGAUAUUUUCGAGAUGCUUCUCACAUUUACUGACUUUCUGGCAUUUAAAGAGAUGUUCCUGGAUUAUAGAGCUGAGAAAGAAGGACGAGGCCUGGACCUGAGUGCCGGGUUGGUGGUCACCCCUUUAAGCAAGCCCUCAAGGUCACCCCCCCAGAACAGCCUGUGGCAUUAGUCUUUGGCUCCAGAGGAGGGCUGCCUCCCUUGGGAUGUCCCAAAUACGAACGAGAGGAAUGAAAGCGCUCAGCAGGCAUGAUCUUCUCUUCAGCUCCUUGUCUGGAUGGUCCCCACCACCAUCUCCCCAUCCCAGCACUUGGACCCUUGCUGUUUCCACCCAACUGGAUUUUACAUGGUGGAGAUCAAUCCAUGCAAUCAUUUCUCUGAGGACAUUCUAGCUCUCUCUCUCUCUUUCUCUCUCUCUCUCUCUUUUUUGUGGGACAAUGGUCAUGGAAGACUAGGGUUGGGUGUGAGGGGACCGUGUCUAUGGCCCCCUCCCCCCGAGUUUCACAACCACAGGAUCUCUGGCAAAUUGUCUUUGUGUGGGCUGUGAAUGAAACAGGUAAUAUGCAGUGUGGUGCUUUCUGUCGGCAUUUGGACGCAAAUGUUUUUUUUUUUUUUUUUUUUUUGUAUAUGUAGCAUGAAAACGGUACAGCGAUGUUCUCUACUGAUGGUGAACUUGAGUCCUUCUCCAGUCAACAGACUUUUUAUUUUUCUUCACUUGAGGGCUUUCACCCCUUUACCUCAAGAGGUCAUGAUAUUUUUGAAAGAUACAUUUCAUCUUUUUUAGGAAAAGUACCAUGCAGUGUCCAUGCUAUGAUCUGCAGCUUGUAAUAUAAGGAUACAGCCACCUCCUACAGUGAACCUAGCUAUUAACGACUUCCCACAAGGUCUUUGGGAACAUUUCUGGUUCUUUCAGUCAAAUUCUCCUUCACAAGAGUCUCCAUAUUGAGCCAAAUCAGCUGAUCAAGUGCCAGUGAUAUGAAUUGUCCACUCACAGCUGGCUCCUCGUCCAAAUUACCUUGGACCCUCUGCAUAAGUUUGUCCUUCUGCUGGGAAGCUUGGAGCAGUUGUGGCCAUCUUGAGUGCCAUCCAGCAGGAUUACCAGCCAUGACAGUAGGCAGCUGUUCUUUACGCCCUCACUUGCCAGGGACUUGAUGGGGCUGAAAUAUGUUUUGGGUGGGGAAGAGCUUCUGCAGUACAGAAUCGGGAACAAUGUUUUCAGACAGGAGAGAGUAAAGAGAACAUGGUGUUUCUAAUAAGCAUUUACAAUAUUUACAGUUGCUGCAGUGUUUUCCUUGUAAAUUUCUUUUCUGUAAUGUUCUCAGCCUGGAAGUUGGCCUCCGGCAGCGUUUUCGAGAUCUUUAUCCAGAAGCACACUCUGCUUUGCAAAAGAUCAUUUAUUUUAACUUUUCAGCCAAGAGUAUUCAUUCUUUCAGCUUCCUGCUUACAAAAAUUCAAAAUGUAAAGGCAUUGAGCAUUACCAAGAUUGAAGUGUGCAGGUGAUGCCUUAACAAACAGGCCUAGUCAAGCAUGCUGGAAAUAUAAUCAGUAUUAACUUUGGGCCAGUUUGCUUUUUCCUCUCCAUCAGUGCAAUCAGUACUUGGAUAACAAGGAUAAGACUGCAGGAUCACAUCCAGAAUUUCUCUUUCCCUUUUGCCCAUAAUUGCCAAUUUAAUUGCCAAGGCACUAUGUUUCAGCCUCCCAGGGGCCAGAGCUGCAUCAGGAAGAGUGAUAAGGAAAAUGUACGUUUGUUUUCUCUAGCCGUUGCAUUUCAGAUGCAUUAGAUGCUUGAAUAACAGAUGGGCUAGGACAGGGGUAGGCAACCUUGGCUCUUUUAUGACUCGUGGACUUCAACUCCCAGAAUUCCUGAGCCAGCUAUAGCUGGCUCAGGAAUUCUGGGGGUUGAAGUCCACGAGUCAUAAAAGAGCCAAGGUUGCCUACCCCUGGAUUAGGGUAAGGUUGAACCAUAAGUCAACACAGAAAGGCUGAGUUAAGGGUGCUGGAUUCACAGCGCUGUAGACUAAAUGUGUUUUUUGAAGAUACUCCCUGUAGUAUGGAAUAGGCUUGAGAAGUCCUUGGAGCAUUGCAUAGAAAAUGUUCUGAAGGUAGCAUCUAGGAAACUUCUGCCUUCCAGAGUCUCAUGGCAGCACCAUGGUGGUAUGUGAACACUUGUUAUUUCACUUGUUUCGUGCUAACAAUAAAAUCUGUGUGCUUGAUAAAAGA